UGCUCACGAGAGAGGCAGCAAAUGAUGUCAUGGCUUGUGCUGGUCUGUGCUCGCUCUUUUCCUCCCCACCUUCUGCUCUCCAUCUCCCUCUCUUCUCUGUACAUCGCUAUCAUCAUUGUGAAGGUGGUGUGAGUGGCAGGGCUAGGAGGAAGACACGCAGCAUCAGCACAGACAUCCCCAACAUCAUCGUCACUAAGAAUUCCUUCACCUAACAGGGCAGAAUGGCAGAGGGCUCCGUAUCAGUAGCAGAGGUGGAGACGGCCUUCAAGAAGUUUGCCAUUCAUGGGGACACCAAGGCUACUGGGAAGGAGAUUAACGGGAAGAACUUUGCCAAACUCUGCAAGGACUGCCGGGUCAUCGACGGCAAGAACGUCACUGCCACCGAUGUGGACAUUGUCUUCACUAAAGUCAAGGCGAAGACAGCUCGUGUGAUUGCCUUUGAGCAGUUCAGCCAGGCCCUGUCAGAGUUGGCCCCCAAGCGUUUUAAAGGGAAGGGCCAGGAGGAGGCGCUGCAGCAGCUCUACGGCCUCAUAGCAGGGAAGGAGCCUGCCAACGCAGGCAUCACCAAAGUGGCCAAGGCAGCGGCGGUGGACAGACUCACAGACACCACCAAAUUCACAGGGGCACACAAGGAGCGGUUUGACGAGUCGGGCAAGGGGAAGGGCAAGGCCGGGCGAGUAGACAUUCCAGAUGCCAGUGGCUAUGUGGGGGCCUACAAGGGCAAGGGCACCUAUGAGGAUAAGGUCAAGGAAGCAUAAGCAGGACAGAGGGAGCGAGAGAGAGAUAUGCUCAGUCAGACCCCACUAUUUACCCCAAAGACCCUCCCUAAAUAGUGUAAUUUAAGUGAGAACUUGUGUAAAUGUAUAUUAAUGCACAUACUGCGCAGGUAGGAUGGGCUGGUCAGUCACUGGGUGUCAUAGUAUUAUAUAUCCUUUAAAGUUGCAUGUUGGGGUGGUGGUUGUUAUGAUGGAGAGGGGCGGUGUAAGGGUGAGGAGUAAACCUGAAUAGAAAACAAAACAGUGACCAAUAAAAACGUGAAUAAUAUUUAGAUAUAUUCACCUUCCCAAGCGCUCCAACCCCUGACCCUCCAACCCCUGACCCUCCAACCCCUGACCCUCCAACCCCUGACCCUCCAACCCCUGACCCUCCAACCCCUGACCCUAUCCCUCCCAGCUUCACUAGAUGCCUCCGUAUGAGUCAUUUUGCCUUGUUUAUGUGUUGUGUAUAAUAUAUAUAUAUAUAUAUAUAUAU